CAUGAUGGUUGACCCUUCGCACGAUUUCCCCGACCCGUUACCAGGACUUCUAAUCAUUGGCUUAAUACGUGCCUACGCACGGUACUCCGUGGGGCUACAUGGCUCAACUCCAGUCUCUAUUGCCCACCAAUACUAUCCUUUUCAAGUCUGAGGGGUGGUGUACACUUCCUGCAAGAUAUUUUUCUGCUUUUUGCUACUGCUAGAAGGGUCUGAGGCAUUUGGACUACCCACAGCUCAUCCGUAUAAUCCCGAAGGUGAAAUUAUUUCCUGCAUGCAUAGACUCAUGGAUCAGUUGAUUGGAAGUCCUUCAAAAAAACAAAUACUGCACUGGCAAAUCAUGAGGGUGACGUUCUGUAGUGUUUCCCUGGUCAAUGCUUCUUCAUGCGUAUUCGAUCCCGACCUUUGCGAGCAGACAGGGAUGUUGACACUGAUACCCUUGCAUCAUGACCUGACCUCGACUCCCGAAUCUUUUCUGGGGCAGGUGCCCACUGCGACACAUUCGGGCUCAUACAACAGUCCUCAGUGUGAAGAAAAAUGCCGCUCAUUUCGCAUUCACACAAAGCAAUGCCGAUCAGUGGAUAUCUGUAUCGGAGCUUCGACAUACGCACAUGUUCUCGGGAUUCAUUUUCUGAACAAAAUUUCCCCUCCCCUCUCGUUCCCGAGAAGCUUUUAUUCCCGUGGUGACUGCUCCGGCAUAUCAUAUGUCAUCGACGGUGUAGCUUAUCGAAAGCUGCUAGUGCCACGGGGGCGACAAAAACAUUACUCAAUUAAGCUAGCACAGCCCGUCCAAUCACUUCACUGCAACAAUUGGCGAUGCGGACCCGUUUGACGAUUCGCCAAUGCGAAAGGAUACCGUCGAUGACCGCUUGCCGCCUCUGGACCGUGCCCCUGGGACAUUCCUGCCGUC